AUGAAGUCCGCCACUCUCACCCUCGGCCUCUUCGCCGCUCUCACCACCGCUUACUCCCACCCGCGGCAUCUUCGCUUCCGUCGUCACACCAAUGGGACCGAAAUCGCCUCCAGCAUCGCCCCGGAGAGCACAGCUACCAUUCCCCUGUCCACGGGAGUGUCAACAGAGGCGCCGACGAUCGUCACCAGCGCGGCCCCUUUCCCUACGAACGGCACAGGUGCCGGUAUCACUACUCUGACCGUGUCCACCACGUCGGUCCGCACCAUUAUCCAGUGUGCCCCUGAGGUCAUUGACUGCCCUGCAAAGACCGAGGAUCUGUCUACCUUGCCUACAGAGGCGCUCUCGACCGUGAUUGUCACGGACACCAUCGUGCUUACCGAGACUGUGUGCCCUGUCACCGCUGUCCCUUCCAUCUCAUCCAGCGUCAUGGAAGACGCUUCCAAGGGUAUCAUCACAGGCAGCACUCUGACCAGUCCCCCGGCCUCUGCCACUGUUCCGCCCCAUGUCACUGCCUCGACCCCGAUCAACACUUCCGAAGGUGCCUCAACCGCCCCUGUGUCCGAGGGCGAAGGUGCCUCAACUGUUCCCCCGGCCGAGGUUGACACGACCAUGACCGAGACCACCACCACUACUGGCACACGCACAGUCACACUCAAGAGGCCUACCACCACGACUGUGGGCAGUGUGCCAACCGGUGGCAGCGGCAAUGGCAAUGGUAACGGCAACGGCAACGACGACAGCGACAACGGCAACGGCAACGGCAACGGCAACGGCAACGGCAACGGAAAUGGAAACGGCAACGGCAACGGUGCCUGCGAGUGCCCUGCCAGCGUCGUUACCGUCACGGCCCCGGCCACGACGGUCUAUGUGACUGUUACCGGCCAGAACGCUCCCACCACUGCUGGGGAGGGUGCGCACGCUUCCACGACCGUCGCCGCACCCUCGGCUACUGCCACUGGUGUCAGCAAUGAUACCGGCGUUGUCGACGACUCGGACAAGACCGGCAACUCGGGCGAUGAGGACGACGAGGGCAAUGACGAAGCUGAUGACGCUUGCCCGCCCGACGAGAUUGUCACCGUCACUUCCUCGGCCAACCCCCUUCCUACUCCUCCAUUCUCUGUCCCCGGGAACGGGACAGCGACCCUCGCCCCGACCGGGACGGCCCCCGCGCGGCUAAGGAGAUUUUACUAA